AUGUCAUGGGACUCAAUCGAGUCGCGCGACUUCCUCGGCGGGGUGCCGGCGCACCAACUAUCGGCAACGCGACUGCUCAGUUCCCCUGACCCGUCACGACACCAUCUUGAAGAUCCACCAGACGUGUUCCCGUUCUCUGAAGAGUACCCAACGGAAGUGCGGAAUGGGGCGAUCCGCUGGGGCUCCAGGUUCGGUCCCGCGCACCGCCCACCCGCCGGCGUCCUCGAAUGCUUCCGAAUCUGCCGUUCUCGCCUUGAUCAGUAUCUUGCGAGGCGAAAGAUCGAAAGAGGGGUACGCCUGUACGGGCAGAAUGAGCAGCGCCUGGCGGUGAAGGUGUGGCUGUCGGCACUCCGGGGCGUGCGCCAUCGCAGUGAUAAGUUCGCCCUUCUGGGACACCUCUACCAGGCUUACAUGGACUUCGGAAAGUACAGAGAAUCUCUGGAAUUUGCCAAUCGACAACUCGGCAUAUCAGAAGAGCUGGACUCGGCCCCGAUGCGCGCUGAAGCGUACCUGAACCUCGCGCGAGCUCACCAGACACUUGGCGGUCUCGACAGGGCCUUAUCGUACGCUCGCCAUGCUCUCUACAACGACUGCGGCGGUGGUUCCACCGCGGGUUGCGUCCACCUCACCGUAGCCGCCGUGAGCUUGGAGCUUGGGGCUUUUUCGAAAGCAAUGGACGGCUUUCAAAAAGCUCUGGCUGUGGCUCAAGCUCAGAACGACAACACACUUCUUUUACAGGUAUACGUCGGUCUGUCAGAGCUAUGGCGUCGCCUCCGGGACACAGAACGCGCGGUCGCGUGCGCGGCUCGCGCGUGCGACCUCGGCCGCGGUCCGCGCUCAACUGACCUCAACACACGCCAUCACCGCACGGCUCUCUUGCAAAUGGCGGCUGCUUUACGUGCCAGAGGAGAAUUAGGGGAUGCCCAUGAUUACUGUAAUGAAGCUCUCCGCCUCGCAGCGGUCGCCGGCGACCAGGGCUGCUACGCUCGCGCCAUGAGGAUAGCUGGUGACGUCUACCGACGGAAAUGUGAUUAUGGAAAGGCGCUAAGGCAUUAUGAAGUGGCCAUGGGUGCCGGACAAUCUUUGGGCGAUCGCUUGGCACAAAUGGAAGCUAUGGACGGAGCGGCAAGAUGCUUAGAAGCUCUGAGACUUCAGGGAAGAAUUUGCAACUGUCGCCCAUUGGAGUUCAAUACUAGAUUACUCGAGGUGGCUACUUCUGUUGGUUCUAAGAUGCUAGUCCGGCGCGUUCGCCUGCGCCUGGCGGACAUCUACACGGCGCUGGGCGACAACAACGCGGCGGCGCGGCAACGUCGCGCGGCCUCCGCCUGGCGCGCGCCCGCCUGCGCGCGCUGCAGGCUGCCGCUAGCGGAGCAGGCCGAGCCGCUCGCCUCGCUGCCCUGCGCGCACAUCGUGCACCACGCCUGCAUGCCGGAGUCGUGGUCGCGCCGCUCGACCCGCAGCGCGGGCGCGGAGUGCGCGGAGUGCGCGUCCCCCCGCGCGCCGCACGCCCCGCCGCCCGCCCCGCCCGCGCCGCGCAGCCUGCCCUCACAGGAUUUCCCUUUCGGCACGCCUCCAACUCUUCGCGAAUCAGAUCUUAACUCUGUCCUCUCCGACCACAGCAGUCAACAAGCUACGUCCAGUGUUUAGUUAAUUUUAAACUCUAUCCUUUUAAUUAUAAAGUAGUUUUUGUUUUAAAUCUUCAUUGUUUACUAAAUUUUUAUAUUAUCGGAUGCGACUUAGGCACCGUCGGGCAAAAAAGUGAUGUAUCACCCUAAGGUUGAAUGCCGCUUGCAGAUUCAUAGGUGAUAAAGAUUAGUUUCGCUUGCAGAUCGAACUGACAACUUCUAUUGCCG